CCCAGUUCCCUCAGCUGCUCCUCAUAAGGCCUGUGCUCCAGACCCCUCACCAGCUUCGUCACCCUCCUCUGAACACGCUCCAGGGCCUCAAUGUCUUUCUUGCAGUGAGGGGUGUCAUGGUGACUGUGUCCACCGUCGGUUAUGGAGAUGUCGUGGUUCAAACAGCCUUGGGUCGAACCUUCAUUUUUUUUUUCUUCAUUAUUGGUGGCUUGGUCCUGCUUGCAAAUUUUAUUCCUGAAGUUUUGGAAAUUGUUCAAAGCUAUAAAACUUUCAAAUCCUCCUAUGAAGUGGUGAGUGGGAAAAACUUUAUUGUUAUCUGUGAUAAUGUCACUCUGGGGAGCGUUACUACUUUCCUACAAGACUUUUUGCUUCAGGACAAGGGGAGUGCUUGUACAGAAAUCCUUUUUCUGGGAGAGUAUAAUAUAGCUGUGUUCAAAUGCUAUUCAUCCUAUACCACUUUCUUUUAUGGCUCCGUACUGAACUCUGAAGAUCUGGAAAGAGUUCAGGGAUGGAGUCUGCAAAUGCACGUCUCAUUCUAGCAAAUGUUUGCUCUCCAGAACCCUAUACUGAAGACAUUUCCAAUAUCAUGAGGUAGGAUGAGAUACUCCAGUGCUUUCAUUCUCUAUCUGAUUGAUAUUAACAGUGACACUGACAGUGCAGCUGGCAGCAGAGCAUAUUUGUCCUGUUAUGUUUUUUUCUGUCAGGAGAACUCUGAAAGCCAACUGACUGCUUUCUGCUAUGGUUUUAUCAUGCUUUGAAGGACAGAGUCAGGUAGCAGCUGUGCAGUCUUGCAAUCAUUCGCAGAAUAUAAUGUUACUAAAUACAGUGUAAUUAUUUUCUUCGCUAUCCUGAAUAGCAACAGUCAAGGAUUCUCUUUGCUUUACUCUGGAAAGAGUUAUGCUCAGCUGUCAGGUCUCAUAUUAUAAGCAUUUUCAUACCAAUCAGACUUCAAAUGAGUUAUCUUGUAGUACUACUGGAUUUUGUGAAUGUGGUGGCCCAGAUGGGGUAGUAUUCUCCCCCCAGAUCAGUCCAGAAGUCCAAGUUCCAAACUGGAUCGUCUUUACUUUCCAUCUGUAGGGCAUCUACAGAAGUGGAGAUUCAGGUCAGGAAGUCCAACUCAUUGAGCUGGACUUGAAAAAUGAGGGUCCAUAGCCAGAAUCAAGCAUAUUAAUCCAAAAUUAUAUCUCUUCUACAGAGUGCUGUCAAUCAAGAAUCACUACCCCAAAACGAGAGUCAUUUUACAGAUAAUUCAGUCUCAUAAGAAGGUAUGGCAGUGGUCUCCCUGUCUCAGUGGGGUGUCACAGUUAAAAUUCUAGCAUUUUUGGAGUCAAAGGCCCUUAUUUGGGGAAGGCAGAGAUAUUAUCCAAUGUGUCUUACAGGCACUAACCUAGCUAGAGUAUCUUUUAACAUUAUUAAAAAUAAAUAACAACCAUUUCUUUGUUGUUUCUGUCAAAGUUGUCAGUAAAUGCACAUUCAACAUACGAAGGAAAAAAACAAAACCAAAAGAACGUCAAAAUCAGAAAUCUGCUUAGACUUAAUGUAUUCUGGCGCAGAUUUUCAAGAAGUGCAAUGAUGAAUAUGAGGAAGACAAGGAUGAACAUUUUACAGGAACAGUGGCCCUGCCAUUGCUGUGCUGACCUGUAACUGUUCUCCUACCCUGAAACAAGUAUACCUGCCAAACAUACUCAGCUGGGACUGGACAAUGGAAGACAGUAUGAUCUGCUUUGCUGAGCUGAAGUUAGGCAUCAUUGCACAGAGCUGCCUGGUUCCUGAUUUGUCCAAUCUCCUAGCCAGUUUGUUCAUUGGGAAAGAGAAUACCGAGGUAAAUCCUUUGCUUGUCUAAAUCAUGUACGUGUAGCCCAGUGGGUGCCCUCUGAGGUAUGGGACUGGCUCUUGUGCAGAAACUGCAGCUGAGGCUUUUGUAACUUACCUGAUCGUUCUGGGAUUACCUUGGUGCAGAAGGCAAGAACACUUCUGAAUUUAAAUUUAAAUAUACAGCACAAGAACAGUUGCUCAGAAAUUUCCAUGUGACUGCCAGAAGAUGUAAUGAAAACAUACAGACGUGACUGUUGGGCACACAGUUGCUCAAGCAAGCCUCGGGGUUGCCAGUCCCGCAGCAGACAUGCCUUUGCUAUCACCUAGUGGCUGUAUGUGAUACUUCACUUACUCUCCAGAACAGAAAAUUAAAUUGGACUGCUAUUUCUGUAUUCAGGGGCUUUUCAUUCACAGAAUUGAUUCAGACAAACUGUAUAAAUAUCAGGUAAGAUAAAUAUAGAAGAUUUAUGUAGAACCACUGUCUGUAGGCAAAGUGCUUUUUCAUAGUUGCACUGUUUCUCAGGUCCAAAUGCUUCACCUGGCCACUGCAAAGUUAGCUGAGCUGUUAUUUGAAAUUUUUAAUGUGUACUAUGAAAACUCAGCAAACUUCUGUUCUGAGGCUUUUCUCAAUUAAAAAGUCCAUUAAAUAAUUGUUGUUUGGAGAGCAAAACGCUUAACAGCCUAUCAAGUUUUAUGUGAAAGGCAUUCGUGUGCCAAGAGAAUGGCAUAUACUGUGAAGUAAUGAGUAGGGGGAUAAAAGCUGAAGGAGCUGUCAGCAACAGGAUGUUCUGCUGCUUUAACUCCCUCGAUAUUGACAAACCUUCCUCAGUCACACUGCUAUCUUGAAGAACAAACGAAAAGGCAUCGAGAAGUGCUGACCCUGAAGUAGGCCCUCACUGCUCAUCACAGCUCUCCUGCACAUAUGGUUGGUAAUGCUAAACAUAAGACCCAAAUAACCAGGGAGCCAGGCUAUGCUUACUGCAAAAUAAAGCCUAACUUUCUUCAAAUAAUGGACUCCCAAUACUUUGCAGUUGUAAAAUUACACCUGUUCUUCAACGAUAAUAUGAAUUGGAAUUGUCCAGAAGAGUUAAGCCUUUCCCUGGUCUGUUGUAUACGAACUCUGAUAUUGUUUCUGACAACAUACAGCUGAUGUCUUUCUGCUGCCAGUAACUGAGGGCCUUUGAUCUGAUAUCAUGUCUCUUCUCACUGGUGACAGUUACAGGACAAGGGGAAAUGGCCUCAAGUUGCGCCAGAGGAGGUUUAGGUUGGAUAUCAGGAAAAACGUCUUUACAGAAAGGGCUG